GAGAGUAGCAGAGGAUCUCAGUUUGUUCCUUUGAGGAAACUGAGUGGAUCUAGUUUUCUAUUGGAACUCCAAACUGCCUGUUUUUCCCGUAUUAUAAACUUAGCGACCCAUGACCUCUUAGGGUGUUGAUGUAAUUUGGAAAUACGUCGACCCGCGGUAAAUAGAACUGGUUUCUUAUUACUGAUCUAAGCGAAGAUUAUGUUGCUUCUUCUGCUGUAAGGUACGCCUCAAGAGUGCAACAAUUGUAGAAUCCAACSAACUAACAAGUGUGAAUUUGUUGGACUUGAAACUACCCGGUUGUGGCGUUGUAUCGAUAUUGUGAAUCCUCCGACGGGUCGGCUGUGAUAAGAGCUUGAAUUACACUAGUUUCAUUGGUUAUUUGGCUUGACACGAAGCUCAACGACAGAUACGCUCUUGUAACAAGGUGCUCGGGAAAGAGGAGCCAUGCUGUACAGCCUUUGGGCCGUUGUGUGGGUUACUUUGCUCUUUUGUUCAUCGGUUGAGGGGCUAAAGACAAAAGGAUGCGGUAAUCCUGGUAAACCAAAACGAGGCUAUAGAAUUGGCGAUGAUUUCAGCACAGGUGCAACGGUCGAGUAUUUUUGUAACUCGGGUCUAAGAAUGGUGUCAGGGUCGCGUCUGCGAAGUUGUGAUGAACAUGGUAAAUGGAGUGGGACGUUACCACGGUGUCGAGACAUAAAUGAGUGCGUUGAAUAUGACUACCAACCACCCAAACUCGCUAGAGCUCGGUCCCAGUUUAUCCCAGACGAAGCACGCUUAUGCCAUCCACAUGCCACGUGCUUCAAUUCCAUUGGCUCGUUCCAGUGCAAGUGCAAUGCUGGUUACCGUGGAGACGGCAGGGAAUGCUAUCCCRAGGAACUUUAUGGCWCCAGAGAAAUUUUUAUCAAAAGUAAGUUCGAAGUGCACUGCAAAUUUAAGGAAUGUUGUCAUAGAAAAAAGUAUAUCGAUAUAAUACACAGGGCUGAGACCGAAAGGUAG